AAAUAAACAAAGCAAAAACAUUUCAACAAACGUAAACGUUUUUUAUUAAAAUUAAAUAAAUUCCACAAUUUAUUGAACAAAAACUUCAAAAUUAAACAAUGUCACGCAACAAUCGCAUGCACCCUCGGAAUGUAUUUAUCCACGCACCAGAUUACACCGACUUGGCUAUAAAAUAUUCGAAUUUUCGUAGAGUUUGUAAGCUGGCUCUCAAUGGCAAAGUAAUCAUCGAUCUUAAAAGCGAAAAGACUCUCCGCGCAUUGACUGCAACAUUGCUUCAGCAUUACUUUGAUUUGAAAGUAGAAUUUGCUCCAAAUAGCUUAAUUCCCACUUUACCUUUGCGUCUGAAUUAUAUUCUUUGGAUUGAAGACAUUCUUGAGACGUUGAAACUAAACGAUAUCCAUGGAAUUGACAUUGGUUGUGGAUCAUCUUGUAUCUACACUCUUUUAGCAGCAAAGAAAAACAACUGGAAAAUGAGUGCGUUGGAAGCCAAUGCCACAAACAUAGAAUUUGCAACUGAAAAUGUAAAGAACAACAAUUUAGAGGAUUUGAUACGGAUAGUUCCUCAAUCUGACAAAAAUGUUAUAUUGACUGAUUUUCUCGAGGCAAACCCAGAAAAGACAUUCGACUUUUGCUUAUGCAAUCCGCCAUUCUUUGAUAGUAAUGAAAGGAACGCCAAACCAGAUCGAAAUCCAGAAAAACGUAAAGAACCGAAGAACUGCCAAACAGGAAAUGCUGACGAACUUUAUUGUGAAGGAGGUGAAGUCGCUUUUGUAGAGAGAAUCGUCAAUGAGAGUAAAAAAUUUCCAGAACGAAUUAAGGUCUUUAGCACAAUGUUGGGACACAAAAGUAGUGUUGGAACAAUUUCUGAUUACUUGAGAAGUAAAGAUAUUUUGAAUUUUAUAUCGACAGAGUUUUGUCAAGGUAAUACUACGAGAUGGGGUAUUGCGUGGUCUCUGAUUGAAGAAACUAGAAACUUAUCGAAAGUUAAUUAGACCAGUAAAUAGAUUAAAAUUAACUGCUAGUAUGACACACUAUGUACC